UUCCGAUUGGACUGGUGGGGCUCAGAAAAACAGGCUGCGCCAUAUUGUCAGUUUGUGAAGAUAAGCGCCACAUCUCUGCAAAAAUGGCAAAAUAGCUUUACUUUAUCAACGGCAGACGCUAAGAUGGCGCACACUGGAGCAAUGGACGAGGCGCCCUUGGAGGAUUGUUCUGUCAAGCAGGGCUCUAGUGUCUGUCUGCGAAGUCGUCCAUGCACCAGCGAGAGAGACGGCCAGGUACGGGCUGUCAAAGCUGCUCUCCAGUCCAGGCUGGGGCCGUACGAGCGUGUCCUGACCUACCUACAGUCCGUCCUGGUGUGGGAACGACCCUUCCAGUGUGUCCUACUCUACGUUGUGGUCAAUGUCGUGUUCUGGUUCUUUGCCCUGACCUCACUGCGCCUGCUAUUCCUGCUGGCUUCUGGGCUGGCUCUGCUUGUGUGCAUUGAUACCUGGAGGAAUAAAAUCUGGCCGCGGAUUAAAGUCAGAAAACUGGAUGAAUCGGAACAUGAGAGCUGGGGUCUGGUGCAGCCUGGCAUUCUCAGCGUGCCUGAACUGUGCCACCACAUUGCUGAGGCCUGGGUCAGUGCAGCAGUUCUCACAUCCAGUAUGGUGCAGUACAAACGACAAAACCCCGGCACAUUCUGCAUCCUGACCUGUGGAGUGUUCGCCUGUUUUGCUGUGAUUGGACGCUACAUACCUGGAUUGAUCCUCUCCUACUCUGCUUUGUUAGCUACUCUCCUGGCCCCUCUGGCAGCCUAUCACAGGGUUUUCCAGUACGUGUGUGUGAAGCUGGACCCAGUCCUGCAGCGGCUGGACUUCAGCGUUAGUGGAUACAUGAUGUCAAAGCCCAUUGAUAAUCAGUUCCUGCGAAGGCCUAUUCGUGGUGCUGCUUCGGGCGAAGCCAGUGACAGUGAGGAAGAGUUGGCUGCUUUCUGCCCAACAUUUGAUGAUGCUGUUGUUGCAAAAGAACUUGCACUGACCGAUUCUGAGCACUCUGAUGCUGAAGUGUCCUACACUGAUAAUGGAACCUUUAACCUAUCACGAGGCCAGACUCCACUGACAGAGGGAUCUGAAGAUUUCGACAGACACAGUGACGCUGAGGAAUCCUUCGCUCAGGACCUGCCAGACUUUCCCUCCAUAAACCCCGAUGCCACUCUGAUGGAUGACGACGACGACACGAGCAUUGGGCUACCCAGUCUGGGUACAUCUGGGCUCGCCAGUCACCGGGCUUCAGUUCUGGAUGUGGAUUCUCAUCUGGACUCGGACCAGGAGGACCUGGAUGGAGAACUUUCUCUCGGUGGCCUGCCACUAGCCUCUGAUUUCACUGGAGACUUGGCUGGAGUCAUUGCUAGCAAUAUGAUUCAGGCAGCGCUGGCUGGGGCCAUGCAGCCUCGCCCUCAUACUACACAGCGCCGAGACGGCCCCCCCAGGGCCGGGGCCCACCGAAGCUAUCGCAAGCAGUCCAGCUCAGAGCUGGACACAGACUUGGACGGAGAGGACUUUGAAAUGCUGGAUCAGUCUGAACUGAAUCAGAUGGAUCCCCUAGGAGGAGGAGGAGGAGGAGGGGGGAGUAGACGGGGGGAGAGCCAGGGGUCUAACUUCUUGUCCAGCCUGCUUGGUAAACCACAGUGAGGAGUGUUAGUGUGUGCGCUGGCGAGAGUGUGUUACCAUGUGUGUGCAAGCUUGAUGCGCGGAGUACAUCUUAAUGAGCUAUGAAUGUGUGUGAGAGAGAUGAUUUUAGGUUCCAGCAGCUUGGUGAUUGGCAUCAGUUUAUCACUGUGAAGUAUUUUUCUCUGUACUUUGAAACCCUGAUCAUCCAGAAAACCUUUAUUUUGUAGGCUGAGCAAUAGGAAAUACAGCAACAGAAAUAAGACACAUCGAUACAUAAAGUAAACCAGCAUUGUCGAGUCUUGAUGCCAUCUUGUAACUUUACUCAGCCGCAAGUUACAGGGGUGCUUGUUAGUGACUUAAAAUGAAAAACAGUGCCCGUAAAAUCUUUUCUACAUGGAGGAGUAGACAUAUACUAGAGGGCUAUUUAACAUGGGACCAAAUGUGACAUUCCUGUUGGUCGAGCUGAGCCAUGUUUGUUUGUAAUGGCAUUGCGGAACAACAGUUUCUGUUCGAGUUCUUUGAGUUAUUGCACAUGUUAGAUACAGCGACCCUUCAUGAAACGACAUCUUACUGUUGGUAUUUGUGCUUGGCUGCCCUUAACAUGCUGACAUGACCUGUUAGAAGAUGAUUUAUUUGAUGUUACAGGUUUACAGAGACAUACUUACAUUAUUUAAACGCUCACAGACUCUGUUCUGUGGUGGAGACGAACGAUCUCUGGAUUAAGUUUUACUCUCUGUGUGGUUUUCAUUACGUUUUCCCUCUCUGCUGGCUAACAUGUGAAGACAUCUUUCUAAGUUAUUGUGAGCUGAUUUUGUUUGUCACAUUAGUCUUAUCUGACCCAGAGGAGCACUGGAUGCUUUGUUUGUUGCUCAGUGUAUAGAUGAACGCUUCUUUGUCGCGUGUGAACAAGUUCAGGAUAUUUUUCAUGGUCUUGCCCUUUAGAACAGCUUAAUAACAUAAUGUGUCCAUGUUUAAUACCUUAAAUGAGCCCUCAGCUUUGUGCGUUUAUCUUUUCAAAAGUAAUAUUUAAAAGAAUUUAUUUUUAUUUUAGCCUUCUCGUAUUUUAUGUAGUUAACAGUCAAGCUGAAUAUUUUAAUAGAAAAAUCAAACUUUCUCCAAAUCACAGCUCUUUUACUACGUUAGUGGGGGGACAUGUUUACAUCAACAUUUGACUGAAAGUUACCCUUAUCUUUUUAUUAAAGUGUUGAUAUAACAAAGGUUAAAGUAGCCUCUUUGCUGGUCAGACUGUUUUCCUCCACGCGGACAAACAGACAAAUGGGUAUGUCAAUUUAAGAGAGGACACAGCACUUAAAGGAACCAUUUAUUAAAAAGUUAUCAUCGAGCUGUCUAAAAAUGCUGGGGUUUUAAUAGGAGGAAAACACAUUGCUCUUUUUCAUUGUGUUAUUUUGCGAAGAAAAUCAUAGCUGCAAGAUUUUUAGGACAAUGGAAGUAACUGCUGGAUCCACAUUCAUGGAGUUCAAGUAGGAAAACUGUGUAGGGACAGAAAAUUGCUGAGAUUUUGAGGAUGAAGUAAAAAAUAAAAAUGUUGCUCCAGGCUUCUCCAUGAAGAGUCCGUUCCUCAGUAUGAGUGAUUUGUAGUCUGUUUGAUAGUGUCAUGUGCAUAGUAGUGUAUUUUCUUCUCCGUAACUGGUUUUGAUAUGGUUUGAUGUGCAAUCAUAUUGAAUAAAACGUUUGCAAUUAAA